GGAGUUGGCCAAAGUAAAAGAACAGGGCAGGAAAAAACAAAACGAAAUCGCCAAAAUGAAGCUAACCUACGAAAAACAAAAAAAUGUAUUGAAAAGAAAAUUCGAAGAAGCGGCAGCGUUAAACAAGAGGCUUCAAAACACCUUCAAUAAGCGUAAAGAGGCUCAAGAAAUAAGGUUUAAUGGAAAAGUCGAAAAAAUAGCGGCUUGGCUGAAAGACGACUUUGAAGUGUUCCUAAGCCUGGUCGAAGCUGAAACGGCGCUUACGGGACUCUUAGAAGAUCGCGCCACCCUGUACCACCAACUGGACGAACUGAAGAACAACCCGGAAACUGCAGGAAGUCCCGAGGUAAAAAAUUUGGAAGAGGACAUCGAGCUGAGGUCUGUACAGAUUCAGGACCUCCAACAGAAACUAUUGGAUUCGAACGAAGAGGUCAAGUCAAAACGCGUUUCGACGAUUCAGUCCAUGGCGAGGCAGAAUUUACCCUCAAGACCAUCUACGAACAGACCUCCAGAUCACUGGAGAGGUCCAUAUAAAGGAGGGUGGCAGAAAUUCAAAGAAACUCAUAAAGAACUGAUAGAAAAGUAG